AUGGAGGUUGUUCUUUUUUUGAGUGCUGGGCGAACUGCCGGUGCGGUAUUGCGCAGGGUUUGGUCAAUCCCGCCUAAGGGGUUUUGCUGCUGCCGCCAAAGAAAGGUAUAUGCGAGUGAGAAUAUAUGAUGACAGGUUGAUUUUGCAA